AUGGAAGAAAACUCGGUGAAUUACCGGCUUUCUGCUCCUCUGCAAUACUCUGGCUUCGUUGCGAAUCUUCGAGCAGCGCAACCUUUGAUGACAGCCACGACACAUAAUGUGUUUUCAUCUCUCGCCAUCGUAGCCCGCAGCAUGUUCUUUCCUUCGCGAUUUACAGCCUUCACAAGGACAUAUCCCGCCAAGCCAACGCGAUUGCUGCGAUUCCUCGCAUCUACUCCGGCUCGAAGGCAUGGAGAUAGGUUUGAAAUACCGCCUAGUGCGCGCAGAGAAACAGAGGAUGGAGUAGACAUGAAGGACACGGAGACGACGGACAGGAGCAGCCGGCCGCGAUUUGACCCGGAGAGAAUAUCCCUAGAACACGCCGACUUACUCAAAACAUUCGGGCUGUCCGAGAUACCCGACUCUAAUAACACGGGCGCGACCAUCGACAAGCGAGGCCGUAUCUCCAUUACCUCUGAAGAGGAAAGCCGCCAAAAACAUAAAACGGCCCUCGUCCUGUCUCGCGCCCCAGCCUGCCUGGACGAGCGAGACUUCAUGUCAAUCCUGGGCCAGGGAAAAUACCUCAACAAAUGGAGAAAUACAAGAGGUCUUGAGAAAAUAAUUCCCCUGCGCUUCCCUGACACCCUACGGCGCUCGAAUACGUGGAUCUUGAUAUUCUACAGCCCUGCCGCCGCGAAGGAGUUCCAGGACAAGGUGUAUCGCCUCUUCGAAUUUGCCCGCGACAAUCUUCCAACAUCCACCAUGUCCCGCAUCACGCCGCCACCGAACUACACCGCCGAUGGUGCGUGCGAGUACAGGCUGAACGACUACACCCUCACAUCGCCCUGGCUGCCGCUUUCCCUAUAUGCAUGCCUGGAGCCGUUCGACCAGAAGCUCCAAGACGCGAUCGACCUCCACAACAACCUGGCGUCCAGGCAUGGAAAGCACGGAUUCCCAGUCCGAAUCUGGAUCGACAGCCAGAGCCGUUUCACUCUCAAGCAGGAAUACGUCCGUCGACUCCUGCUGUGGGACGGGCAAAACAGGUGGUCGCCGUGGCAGCUGGUCGAACAGGACCCGAUUACGCCGCUGAUGGAACCGCUCUCCAACGAGAUCUUGACCCCGGACGAGGAGAGUUCGGCGGAGGGCGAUUGCUGGCGCAUCGCGUUUCAGACUGCGGCGGAGGCAAGGCGAUUUGUCAGGGUUUGGCACAGGAGCGUGCUCCCCAAACUGGAUGCGUUACCGUUUUACCCCGACCCCCCGCCGUUGAUGAAGGCCGAGUGUCUAUUUGAAGGCGACGUCUGUUGAUCCCGGGAUCUUCUGAAUAACAACCAGUUC